AUGUCACCCAACGAGCCCAUCGCCAUCAUUGGCACCGGCUGUCGAUUUCCAGGUGGUGCCAGCUCUCCCUCCAAACUUUGGGACCUCCUCCACAGUCCCCGAGAUGUUUCCACAGACCUCCUUACCGCAGGUCGAUUCGAUCCGCGAGGGUUUUACCACCCAAAACAUGACUUCCCCGGCCAUAGUAACGUCCGCCGGUCAUACCUGCUCCAGGAAGAUGUCGCCAACUUCGACGCCCGCUUUUUCAACUUACAGGUCGCCGAAGCAGGCGCCAUGGAUCCCCAGCAGCGCAUCCUCCUAGAGACGGUGUACGAAGGCCUUGAAGCAGCGGGGCAGACACUGGAGGGCCUCAAGGGCUCAGACACCGGUGUUUAUGUCGGUAUGAUGUACGGAGAUUAUGAGUCCCAGCAGUAUAGGGACUUGCAAAGUGUCCCCUUGUACCAUGGCACGGGCGUUGCUCGCAGCAUGGUGUCCAACCGAAUCUCCUACUUCUUCGACUGGCACGGCCCCUCACUGACCGUCGAUACCGCGUGCUCCUCGUCCCUCGUGGCACUGCACCAGGCAAUACAGUCCCUCCGGUCCGGCGAGGUUACUGUGGCAGUGGCGGCGGGAACCAAUCUUCUGCUGGGACCCGAGCCCUACAUCUACGAGAGCAACCUGAAAAUGCUGUCCCCCGAUGGACGCUCCCGUAUGUGGGGAGACGAUGCGAACGGAUACGCUCGCGGAGACGGUGUCGCAGCUGUGGUGCUCAAGACGUUGAGCCAGGCGUUGGCAGACGGAGACCACAUCGAGUGCGUUGUUCGCGAGUCUGGCGUCAACCAAGACGGCCGCAGCCCUGGUAUCACCAUGCCCACGGCCAAAGCGCAGGUCGCAUUGAUCCGCGACGUGUAUACUCGGGCGGGUCUUGACUUGGCCUCACCGGCAGAUCGAUGCCAAUACGUUGAAGCUCACGGCACAGGAACGCCGGCGGGAGAUCCCAUUGAGGCGGAAGCUAUUCAUACCGCCUUCUUCCAGGACGAGAACGGUGGAGCUAUCAAGACUCAGGAUGCUGACGAGAUCGUCGUGGGAUCUAUCAAAACGGUCAUCGGUCACACGGAGAGCACUGCGGGAAUCGCAGCCAUCAUCAAGGUGGCACAGGCCUUGAAGCACGGUCAUAUUCCACCCAACGGCAACCGUAUAUUAGACGGAAAGGUCUUGGAUUUCACAAUGAAUCCGCGCGUCGAACCGUGGUGCAGUAACCUGCGCAUAGCAAAUGAGCUCACCCGCUGGCCAGAGUUGGCCCCGGGACAAUGCAGGCGUGCAAGUAUCAACAGCUUUGGGUUUGGCGGGACAAACGCCCACGUCAUUCUAGAAAGCCUGGGGCAGGAGACGCUGGUCGAGCAGGCAGGGGAGGAUAGCGGAGAUGAGCUGAUGCGGUCUUUUGUCUUUUCCGCGCAGUCGAAGCAGUCUCUGAUCGCCAAUCUGGCCGCCCACGCCGCCCAUUUAUCGGAGCAUCCGGACACGCGACUGGACGACCUUGCCUGGACAUUGCGCUCGCGACGGUCGCGUUUCCCACUUCGGGUGGCCUUGUCGGCGUCUUCAGUUGAGAUGCUGCGCACCAGUCUAGAGGAGAUCGCCAGCAGCGAGCUCAACAAGCUACAGCUGGACCAGAGGCUGAAGCUUACAACCACAGGGUCGUCGGCUGGCGGAAAUGAGCGCAAGACCAAGCUCUUGGCUAUCUUCACCGGACAGGGGGCGCAGUGGGCUCGAAUGGGAGCCCAGCUGGUAGAGAACUCCAAAUAUGCGUCUGACAUCUUGAGUAAGCUGGACGCCGAACUGGCUAAUCUCCCCAACCAAGAAGACCGCCCCGACUGGACCCUUCGCCAGGAGCUUCUGGCAGAUUCGUCCCAAUCGAGGGUCGGCGACGCUGCCAUCUCUCAGCCUUUGUGCACCGCUGUCCAGGUGAUUCUAGUCGACAUCCUCCGUGAAGCCGGGGUGGAAUUUGCCGCCGUUGUGGGCCACUCGUCGGGCGAAAUAGGCGCUGCCUACUUGACCGGUCGUCUGUCUGCGGCCGACGCCAUCCGGAUCGCCUACUAUCGCGGCCUUCACUCCACUCGCCUCGCAGGAGGGCCCGACGGCACACAGGGUGCCAUGCUGGCCGUUAGCACCAGCAUGGAAGACGCCAGCGAGGUCUGCAGCGACGAGUUCUUCCAGGGACGAGUCAAAGUUGCGGCCUGCAAUUCCCCCAACAGCGUCACACUGUCGGGGGACAGUGACGCCAUCGAGGAGAUCGCUGGGCUCUUCGAAGACGAAGGAAAGACCGCUCGUCGGCUCCGAGUCGACAAGGCGUAUCACUCGCACCACAUGAUACCUUGCUCUCAGCCAUACCUGGAGUCAAUGCAGAGCUUUCAGCAAACUUCAUGUCAGGCCGGGGUUCGGUCUGAUUGCGUGUGGGUCUCUAGUGUAGUCGUCGAGUCAGACACAGCGGCAACCGAGUUGGAGGCGUCAUACUGGGUGGACAACCUCCUGUCACCGGUCCUGUUUAAACAGGCUGUUGAGCGGGCGGUGAUGGAGCUGGGACCUUUCGACGGUAUUGUCGAAGUUGGACCGCAUCCCGCGCUCAAGGGCCCAGUCCGCCAAAUCCUUGAGGAGUUGAAGACUGGCCCAAUGCCGUAUACUGGGCUCCUGGAGCGAGGCACCGAGGCAGCCACGAGCUUGUCCACGGCUCUUGGAUAUCUCUGGACCCAUGUGGAUGGAAUGUCCAUCAACUUCGACCAAUAUGAGAGCGCAUUGAGUGGACCAAGGUCAUUCAAGAGGAGGUUCGUGGCGGGUCUACCCCUUUACCAAUGGAACCAUAGCCGUCACUGGCAUGAGUCCAAUACGUCUCGUCGCCUCCGAUUCAGGAACUCUGCCGUCCAUCCGCUUUUGGGCGAUAUCUGCAGCUCCAGCUCGCCCCAGAACCUUUCAUGGAAAGCUGUCUUGCGCCCCCAGGACAUCCCGUGGGUCCAUGACCACCAGAUCCAGGGCCAGAGCGUGUUCCCCGCCGCUGGCUAUGCGGUGACUGCGCUCGAGGCGGCUCCUUUCUUAGCCGAUGGGCAGACGAUUCGUCUGAUCGAGGUGGAAGACCUUGUCAUUCACCAGGCCAUGGUAUUCGACAACGACGAUUCCAGCAUUGAAGUACGCUUCUCGGUUGGUGGUGUCAGCCGUCGGCGUGACGAUGCGAUGAUAACGGGCCAUUUUACCUACGAGUAUCACUCGUCCAACGGAUCCCCGGAGCUCGCCGCAAGUGGCCAACUGCGUGUCAUGCUCGGCGAGCCUCGCCAGCACACCCUGCCCGCCACCGAUACGGGGCGGGACUCUGGCAUGGUCAAUGUCCCGACAGACGUUUUCUAUUCCUCCCUCUCAGAGAUGGGCUAUGGAUACACAGGUCCCUUCAAAGCCUUGUCGGGGCUGAGCAGAAAGCUCGGAAAGGCCGUGGGCGUAAUCGACACAACGUCGGCCGAGUACGAUGAUGCCAGCAACUGGCUGGUUGUUCACCCUGGCAUGUUGGAUGCCGCCAUCCACUCCGUGAUCCUGGCGUACAGCUACCCGAGGGACGGAAAGCUCUGGUCAUUGCAUCUGCCGACGCGUAUCAAGCGACUUCGAGUGAACCCGGCACUUUGCGAGGGGCAUUGGACAGCGGAGUCUGUCCCGUUCGUGUCGACUAUCGCCGAUGACCAAGUCCAUACUGCAGACCGGUCGUCCGGGUUCCAUGGGGACGUCGAGAUUCAUAGUGGAGUUGGGGCGUACUCUGCGAUCCAAGUAGAGGGUCUGCAGGUUGUGCCCUUUUCCGCCGCCACCUCGCGCGAUGAUCGGACGAUGUUCUAUGUGACACGCUGGGUCAAUGCAGAGCCAGACGCUGAUAUCCCCGGUCCAUUUAUGGCGACCCCCGAGCAGCGCAGGCUGGCUGAGAUUCUCGAGCGAGGCCACUACUUCUAUCUGCGACAGCUCGAGGAACAAGUUCCUGCUGACCAUCCCGGACGGUUGGACCAGUUCUACGCCGCUUACCUGCGCUGGGCCACGCAUACCCACCGUCUCGUCACAGAGGGCAAGCACCGCUAUGGCAAGCCGGCCUGGGUUCAUGAUACAUUGGCAGACAUCAAGGCGCUAACAGAGCCGUAUAAUGCACUGCCCGAGGUCAAGGCGAUGCACGUCGUGGGCGAACAGAUGCCGCGAGCGAUUCGCGGGGAGACCACCAUGCUACAGCAUCUUAUGGUCACUGGGCUCCUGAAUGACUACUAUACCAAUGCCCUUGGCAUGCGGCAAGUGACAGUCCUCGCUGAUACCGUUCUGCAGCUUACCCGCAGGUACCCCCGAGCGAAUAUUCUGGAGGUUGGCGCUGGCACUGGAGGAGCGACGCGGGAAGUGCUGAAGCUGACUGGGAAGAACUUCGGCUCAUUCACCUUCACGGACGUAUCGGCGGGAUUCUUCGAUGAUGCCCAGGCUGAGUUCGCCCCUUACCAGGAUCAGAUGUCCUUCCGGGUGUUGGACCUGGAGCAAGACACCGCGCCGCAGGGCUUCGAACAGCAUUCGUAUGACGUCGUGGUUGGAUCCCUGGUCCUGCACGCGACGAAGAACCUGGAAAAGACGCUACAGAGAGUGCGAUCACUGCUCCGGCCGGGCGGCUACAUCGUCUUUUACGAGAUCACCAACGUCGACUUGAUCCGUCACACAGCCCUGUUUGGCUGUCUCCCCGGAUGGUGGCAGGGGGUGGAUGAGGGCCGGACCUGGUGCCCCGCCGUCAGCGAGUCCAAGUGGGAUGCGAUCCUUCGCAAGACGGGCUUUUCUGGAGUUGACACCAUGACGCCAACCAACGAUUCGAUGCCGUUUUGUAACUCGGUCCUGGUCUCCCAGGCCGUGGAUGACUGGGUCGACUUGGUCCGACAGCCGCUCAUGGCAUCAGUCGGCGGGUCGCUGUUUUCCACGAAGUCAUCGAGUGCGUUGUUGGAGAAAUUUUUCAUCGUCGGAGGCCAAACCCUCCACGUCUCUCGACUCAUUGACGCCGUACAGAAGAUUAUCCGGCCGUUCUGCGGCGAGACGGUGACGCGAGUUGACCAGCUGGAAGACCUGGACCACGACCAGAUCGACAAGUCGUCCACCGUUUUGGUUUUGCAGGAUCUUGAUAGCCCGGUAUUUGAUGACAUGACAACGGCGAGACUUGAGAGCCUGAAAGCCCUCUUCGGAUCCGAAAAGACGAUCGUUUGGAUCACGCAUAACCGGCUCGUCGACAACCCUCACGCCAACAUGGCCCCGGGAUUCGUGCGCCCAUCGAUCUGGGAGGCACCUGAGCUUCGCUAUCAGUUUGUCGACUUCCAGGACGUUCCUGGGUCGAAGAUUGAUGCCCGCGCCCUUACGGAGGCAGUUCUGCGCUUCCAGGCGCACAUCCAAGGGCCGCCCAACACGACCGCCAACGCGCUGUGGUCGGUGGAAUCGGAGAUUAUCAUAGGUGCAGACGGGGCCCAGUAUAUCCCCCGACUGAGCCCUCUGGACGAUGCAAACGCGCGCUAUAACUCCUCGCUGCGGCAGAUCGAGUCUCACGGUGGAUCUCAGCAGACUCCGGUUCGGCUACAAAACACGCGAGGUCGUUAUAUGCUUCGGAAACAGGAGCCUCUGAGGCUUGACGUCUCGACAUCGUGCUUGAAGAUUGAGCAGUCGAGUCUUUUUGCCGUCCGGACUGGAUGGGGAGAUGUGUUCGCGGUGUCUGGGGCUUGCGAGGCGACAGGGGUCCACUACUUGGGACUGACAUCGUCCGUAACAUCGCGGGCCACGGUGGCGACGUCCAACCUGGUGGAGAUCUCUGACGCGGUCGCUCAAGGGGCUUCAGGGCCUCUAAUGCUGACAUCGGUUGUCUGCCACCUCGUUCUCCAGGCAAUGGAGGCCAAGAUUGGUGAACAUCGGGCGGUCGUGGUUCACGAUGCUCCACCUAUUCUGGCAGCGUCUUUGGCCCGCUCGUCAAACGGAAAGAACAUCACGUUUACGACUUCGACGCGUGAUCAUGCAGCGACUAACGACUGGAUCUAUAUUGAGAAGUACGCUAAGCAAUCGGACUUGGAGUUGCUGUUUCCUCUCAACGUCUCCAUGCUGAUCGAUUUCGCGGCCGAGACUCCGGAGGCGUCCGUGCUAAAACACUGCUUCCCUAUCGAUGUUGACAUUCUCGCCAAGUCUAGCCUGUUCACUGCCGAGUCAUCCAGGCCUCUAAUUUCUUCUGCGGAUUUGAAGGAUGUGUUGCAGACGGCUGUGGCGCUCGCGUUGAAGGAAGCCAACAACGAUGGCGGAGACAGGAUGAUUGUAGACGAAGUUGAUAUCGGCGCAUUGAUCAGUGAUGAAGCCAACCUCUCCGCUCAUUCUACCACAACAGUGGUCAAUUGGGCCGAUGCUGAGACAUCACCUGUCACCGUGCAGCCUGUCAGCGUCUCCCUCCGAGAAGAUCGGACAUACUGGCUGGCGGGACUCUCCCGAGACAUGGGACUCUCUCUCGCAGACUGGAUAAUUCGCAAUGGCGGCAAACAUAUUGCUAUCUCGAGUCGAAACCCUAACAUCAGUCAGGCCUGGCUUCGUAAUGCAGCUCGCAAAGGCGCCACUGUCUUGGUCAUUAGCUGUGAUAUUACGGAUUACGACUCCGUCGUCGAGGCUCAUGCCAACAUCCUCAAGAGCCUACCUCCCGUUGCGGGUGUCGCCCAAGGCGCUAUGGUUCUCAAUGAUACUCUGACUCGGGACAUGAGCUUGGAAGAUCUCAACAAAGUCCUGCGCCCCAAGGUGGCUGGUAGCAUCAACCUCGAUCGCCUCUUCCAUGACUCGGCACUAGACUUCUUUAUCUUCUUCUCCUCCGCCGCUAGUGUCACGGGAAAUGCUGGCCAAGCAAACUACUCGGCCGCGAACUUCUUCAUGGGUGGGCUGGCGCAAAAGCGACGCCGCCGCGGUCUCGCCGCCUCCGUGAUAGACCUGGGCCCCGUCCUCGGCACAGGGUACAUCACCAGAGAGAUUGGCGACGCCUUGACGCGUCCGUUGGCGGAGAGAGGUCUGCUCGGAAUGUCUGAAUCUGACGUUCACUGCUUGUUUGCGGAGGCGAUCAACGCCAGCCCUGUGACGCCUAGCUCUGAGGUGGGAUGGCACAUCACCACGGGGCUGAUCCCACUACCGGCGGAUGCGCCGAACCGACCUCUCUGGUACAACUUCCCCCAUUUUGCCAGCCUCACGAUUAGGGACUCUAGUGCGGGUGAUCCGAACAAUCCAUCAAAUUCCGCCGCGGGGGCUGUUGUGUCGAUCAAAGAUCAGUUGGCCGGGGCUAAGACGAAGGAGGAUGUGCAGAAUGUCAUCACUGACAAUGUUCUCAAAGAAAUGUGCACCAUGCUUCAUAUGGACGACGACUACGUAAUGACACCAGCCAUUUGUACAGACGAGCUCGGUCUAGACUCGCUCGUUGCCGUGCGCAUACGCUCGUGGUUCCUCAGUCACUUCCAAGUGAAUGUCCCGGCGCUGAAGAUUAUCAAAGGCGUUUCUCUUCAACAUCUAAUUGACCUGACCCUCAAUGAAAUUCCCGCUGGCCUGACACCCGGCUUGGUCGGUGCAGGUUCGUCCACCGACGGUUCCGAGAUGCCGUCAGGGCCGGAAGAUGAAAAGUCAUUAUCCGAUACUUCAUCGUCGGCGAACUCCCCUGAUGGGCAGAGUAGCGCCACGUCGGAGACUGGCGAGAGUGAGAUCAUGAUGACUCCACCUCCGGAGAAAGAGUUGGAGAUAGAGAGGUUCGGCCCCCUAUCCCAUACACAAUCCGUGUUUAGGUUUGUCCACGAACUGUUGGAAGACAAAACAACUCUAAACAACACAGGCAUGGUUCAUCUUAGUGGUGAAAUCCGGAUACCGGACCUCCAGGCAGCGGUGCACAUCCUCGGAAAGCACCAUGAGAGCUUGAGGACGUGCUUCUUCACAGAGGAUGGCGUUGCCAUUCAAGGUGUGCUCGCAGAGCCGACCUUGGAGCUCGAACAUCGCCGCGUCUUUACCAAGUCCGACGUGUUGAGUGAGUACGAUGCUCUGAAGAACACGGUCUUCGAUUUGCGCGGAGGCCACACGGCCAGAGUGUUGCUCUUAUCCUACUCCCCUACCGACCACUACUUCGCCCUGGCCACGCAUCAUAUCACCUUCGAUCGAGCCAGCACCGACAUCUUCAUGUCGGACCUUGCUCGAAUCUACAAAAACAAAAAUGAAUCUUUACCCACUCCCCUUCAGUAUCUAGACUACUCCAAUGAGCUACAUGAAAUGCACUCACCGGGCAAGUGCAUAGAUGCGAUGAACUUCUGGCGCCGCGAAUUUGCCACAAUUCCAGAGCCUCUUCCCCUCCAUCGAAGUAGCCUCGCAGAGCGCCGCCCGCUCGAGAAAUAUAGCUCUCGCACGGGGCUGCCAGAGUGUGAGUUCCGUCUUGACAGCCAGCUCACCACCCAGAUCCGCCAAAUCGCGCGCAAGUAUAGGUCCACCCCCUUCCACUUCCACCUGGCAGCUUUCAAAGUGUUGCUCUUGCGCUGGCUGGGGACGGAGGACGUUUGCAUCGGCUUUGCCGACGGCUGUCGUCGGGAUGAAAGAAUGUGGACUGGAAUUGGCCCAUUCUUGAACAUGCUGCCCCUACGCAUGAAGGCACGGAGGGCGCAGUCCUUUGCGGAUGCCAUCGCUGAGGCACGGGAGAAGAGCCACGCGGCCCUCUCCAACGCGCUCCCUCUUGAGGUCAUCCUCAACGAGCUUAAGGUGUCUAGGCAACCCACCCACUCCCCACUGGCUCAGGCAUUUAUCAAUUACGCUGAGACCAGCGUCGAGAGUGGCCGGGAGUUUUUGGGCUGCGGCUGCCAGAUGAUGAAAGAGGACCAGGCUGAGCUGCCCUACGAUAUAGCUUUUACAAUCAUUACCAACACAGCCCCCGAUGGUGACGCAGACACAAAGAUCAUCCUCAACGCUCAAACCUCUCUUUACAAUGCCACAGUGGCCCGAAUUCUUGCGACUGGCUAUCAGGAAAUUGUGCGGGAAUUUGCGGGACGGCCAGAGAACCAGGUGAAUGAUGAAUGGGAAUUCGCGCCCUCCUCUCUGUCGAAAGCGAUUGCAGUUGGCCAUGGUCCCGACUUCCAGACCACCUGGAUGAAGACGAUCGUACACCGACUGGACGAGAUACUCCCCUCCAUCGGUCACCGGGUCGCCGUAACGGACGCCGUCAAUACGCCAGUGACAUACCAGGAGCUUUCAAACCAGAUUAACAGCAUCGCCUCGACACUGCUGCGAGAGGGAGUUACUGCGGGCUCUAGGGUCGCUAUUUGCCAGCAUCCCACCGUUUUCUGGGUUGCCUCUGUUGUGGCGGUCCUCAAGGUUGGCGCAGUCUACGUUCCCCUUGACGCGGCUACUCCGCCUCCCCGCUUGGCUCUCAUGGUUCAGGACUGCAAGCCUGCCGCUGUCUUGGUGGAUGAGUCUACUCGAGAGAUGGUAGAGGAUCUGGCACCUGAGGCGUCCCUGAUUGGCGUAUCCAGCGCCCUUGAUACCGCAACCGAAUCUCUUCCCACAACUACGCUGGUCGAUUCACCCGCCAUGAUUCUCUAUACCAGUGGCUCCACCGGAACCCCAAAGGGUGUAGUCCUCAGUCACGAGAGCCUACGACACGAAUUUGAGCACUGCCAAGCCGUGUAUGGGCUAAGCGAGGAGGACGUAGUGCUACAGCAGAGCGCCUGGAGCUUCGACCUCUCUAUCACCCAGUUGUUCCUGGCACUCACAGUGGGCGCGCGGCUUCACGUCGCAUCCCAUACUUUGCGAGCUGAUGGGCGUGCUAUGGCGGCGCUCAUCCGCGAUGAGGGUGUGACGGCCACGUAUGCCACCCCGACAGAGUACAAGACCUGGCUUCGUGAUGCCCAUGUGGAUGUCCUUCGACAAUCACCUUGGAAACUAGCGUUGGUGGCCGGAGAGGCUGUCACCGUUCCGUUACUAAAGCGGUUUGGAAAUCUGGACAGAGCAGACAGCCUUCGUCUCUUCAAUGUGUACGGUCCGACCGAGACAACCUGUGGGUCGACCAAGCUGCAGCUUGAUUAUGCUCAUCCGGAAAAAUAUGCCGACGCCGUGCCUGUGGGCCGCGCAUCUGCAAACGAGUGCUUCUAUAUUCUCGACACCAAGCAGAAUCCACAGCCUCUCGGAUUAAGUGGUGAAGUUGUGAUUGGCGGCGUCGGAGUUGCCAAGGGCUAUCUGAACAACGCAGACCAGACGAAGGUGUCUUUUGUUCACGAUCGUUUUGCAACCCCUGAGUACACCCAGCGAGGCUGGACUACCAUGUACCGUACCGGUGAUGCCGGCUACUUGAAAGACGACGGAACGUUGAUCCUAACAGGCCGCUUGAGCAGUGACACGGAGGUCAAGCUGAAUGGAGUCCGAACCGAUCUGAGAGACGUGGAGCAGACGAUACUGAAAGCGGGCCAAGGUCAGUUUGCCGAUGUGGCAGCAUGUGUGCGCACCAAUAUGUCGAUGUCCGAGGAUGGAGAUCAAGUCGCAUUGAAGUACAUGGUCGCUUAUUGUGUCCUGUCUACUGAACGGAUGGUGGGCGAAAGCUCCAACCCAGGAUCAAUCCUACAAACCAUCCUGAACAACCUUCCUCUGUCGCGCGCAAUGCGGCCAUCCGUUCUCAUCCCCGUUGAUGAUCUUCCGAGAACGACAGCCGGAAAACUGGACAGGCGUGCCCUUGAAAAAUUGGAGAUUGCCCAAGCACAACUGGGUAGCGUUGGGGGCGCGACCACGACUACCUCGACAUCGACACUCUCAGAUGCCGAGGCCAGGCUUCUCAGGCUGUGGCAGAGCGUUCUCCCAGAGGAAGCGGUUCGGCUCGUCGACAUCCGCGCCUCAUCUGACUUCUUCAGCGUCGGUGGCUCGUCCAUGCUGUUGGUACAGCUGCAACAUAAAAUUACCGAAACAUACCAGGCCUCCGUUACACUGUUGGAUCUGUUCAAAGCGAGUACUUUGAGUGACAUGGCCCUUGUUCUCCAGCGCGCCUUGGGACUGGAGGCCAAUGUCCCGGACGCUACAUAUGGAGCUCAGUCCAAGUCAAUUGAUUGGGCGUCGGAGACGGCGUUUCAAGUAGGCGUGCCGAUGGAAGAUACAAAACUUUCAUCUCCUACAACGCCCCCUCGAGUAAUUGUUCUGACUGGUGCAACCGGGUUUCUUGGUCAGCAUCUGCUUCGCGGGCUUCUUGAGCAGGACCAGGUCGAAAAGGUCAUAUGCAUCGCAAACAGGAAUAUGACCGAGGAAAGAAAGAGAGAACUUCUUUGUUCCCCACGAGUAGAGUGCUUGGACGGCGACCUGUGUGCUCCUAACCUUGGUUUGAGCCCGGAUGACGCGGAUCGCAUCUUCGGCACCGAAGCUGACGCUGUUAUCCACAACGGGGCAGACGUAUCCCAUCUCAAGACAUACGCUUCUCUGAGAGACCCCAACGUGAACUCGACCAAGGCGCUGGCUCUGUUAUGUCUUCAAAGACAUCUGCCUCUGCACUACGUCUCUACGACGGGAGUGACCAUGUACACGACGUCAAGCACAUUCCCAGAGAUAUCCGUUCGUGAUUCACCGCCCCCAUGCGACGGCACAUACGGAUACAUCUCUUCCAAGUGGGCCAGUGAGGUGUAUCUCGAGAACGUAAACUUGCGGACCAAGCUCCCAGUCUACAUCCACCGGCCAUCUAGCGUGCUCCGGCCCGACCUGGGAGAGGAGACACCAGCCGCAGAUGUUUUGCAGAAUAUGCUCACCUUCUCGCGACGGCUUUGUGCCGUGCCGAUUGGGCCCCUUCUAAAAGGAUUUGUGGACCUUGUCCGCCCUGAGACUGUCACGGAUAGGCUCUUAGGAGCGGUCAUGGCUCCAUCCCGUGGGGAGGAUGUCGUUUAUGUUCACGAGUCGGGCGAUAUUGAGCUGGAGAUAUCUCACAUUACGAGCUAUCUGGAGGUGGGUAUGCCUAUCCAGCAACUAGAGUUGGAUGAAUGGGUCAAGAGAGCCGAGGAAAUGGGGCUGUCGAGCGCCAUGGCGGCCGUGUUCCGGGGGCUUGGAGCGGAAGACAUGUUAAACUUCCCGAGAUUGCUGAGGAGUGUUUGAUUUUGAUACAG